AUGACUACUAUACAGCGAAACCCCAAGGACUCCAUGACGUCCACCUGGCGGAAGUGGGAUCGCGCCAAAUGGACUCCCAGCCACUGGCUCCUGGAAGUCUUGGAUGCCCACCAUGUCGAGCUCGACGAAGACGUCCCCGUCUUUCAAAAGACAGACAAGGUCCCCUACGCGCCCGAACUCCAGUUCCACCUAUGGGUCCUGACCUUCGCUGGAGCCCCUCUCGCCCUUCACCAGCUCUAUAUCAACUACAUAGGCCAACCGUCCGCAUGGCUGGUAUUCCUCUUCUACAGCAUGGCCCUAAAACUCUUUGCCGUGCACGAAGUACACAUCCUCCGACGGCUAGGCCACCAAAUCGGGUUUUUUGAUGGCGAUAAGCACGCCCGAGACGGAGUCCCGGACGUCGGCGUCGGGAAGACCGUGCAAACCAUUCUAUCCGUCAUUGCCUUCCGCCCCAUGCUUGCCACCUUCAUCUCGUACACGGGCGAACCGCCCUCCUCCAUCCGCUGGGGCUGGCUGAUCAUCGAAACCGGCAUGUACGCCCUCACCCUCGACUUCUGGUACUACAUGCUCCAUCGGUCCGCCCACGAGAUAGGCGCUCUAUGGCAGUUCCACCGCACCCACCAUCUCACCAAGCACCCUAACCCCCUGCUUACCGCGUACGCAGACGCAGUGCAGGAAGUUGUCGACAUUGUCGGCGCACCUCUUCUCUCCUACGGCACCCUCAAGCUGCUGGGUUUCCCGAUGGGCUUCUAUGAGUGGUGGAUCUGUCAGCAGUAUGUGGUGUUCACGGAGGUGCUGGGGCACAGUGGGCUGCGGAUGCUUGCUACGGCUGUGAACCCAUGGACGUCACUGUGGCGAAUGCUCGACAUGGAGCUUGUGAUUGAGGAUCAUGAUCUUCAUCACCGCAAGGGUUGGAAGAACAGCCAUAAUUAUGGAAAGCAGACCCGUGUAUGGGAUCGUUUGUUCAAGACUUGGAUCCCUCGGGUGGAAGGGUACCCAGAGAAUAUAGACUACGUUAACACGGUAAAGUUGCCCUUGUUCUAG